AUGUCCGCCUCCCGCAUUGCCGAUUACCUGCACAAGGGCCUUGCCUUCGGGCUCGUCGCCUCCACCAUCUACCUUGGUGGGUUCCUCUUUGUCACCGUCCGGGCGGCUUACGCGAACGCCCUCGCUCGUGCCGACGAAGUCCGUGCCCAGCGGGCCCUGGCUGCCGCCGCCAGCGGCGAGACCACCGACGUCGCUGACAUGCUGGCCCCUGAAGUCGUGACGGGUGACGCAUCGCCCACCAUGGCGGACUUCAUUCUGCAGCAGGAGAACGCCCCGCCCGCCAUCCUCGAUACGACGACCGGCACCUCCGCUAGCCAGUAG